CUGCUGAAUUUAGCUUAGUGAAGGUCAUCAACUGAACGCAGUUAAAUUUCUAAUGGUUAUUUUCUGGUUGAUGUUGAUGGCAAGGAAAACCUCAUGGAAGAAUGCAAGUCAAGAAGUAAAAAUAAUGGACAUUUUGCAAAGAAAUGGCUGCAAACCACUUGAAGUACAACAUAUUGUGACCCCUUAAUCAUCACAGUGUCAGACUCAGCCUGACUUUGUCUGUGUGGCGGAACAUCCUUAAAUGAGAAUUCUCUUUCUACUCGGAGUUGAUCAGUAAGAAUCCAGCACCAAUAAAAAUCCUGCAUCUCACCAGUAGGCCUGGAUUAAAAUCUUACUCUUACAAGAGAUAAGAGUUCUGAGUCUGAGACUGACAAAUCUAGGUCCAAAUCCUGGCUCAGCCAGUCAUUAGCUGAGUGACCUUGGAGUACGCUUCAUGUCAGUAGAAAUGGACAGCAGCAGUUUUAUUCAGUUUGAUGUGCCCGAGUACAGCAGCACCGUUCUGAGCCAGCUAAACGAACUCCGCCUGCAGGGGAAACUAUGUGACAUCAUUGUACACAUUCAGGGUCAGCCAUUCCGAGCCCACAAAGCAGUCCUUGCUGCCAGCUCCCCAUAUUUCCGGGACCAUUCAGCGUUAAGUACCAUGAGUGGCUUGUCAAUAUCAGUGAUUAAAAAUCCCAAUGUGUUUGAGCAGUUGCUUUCUUUUUGUUACACUGGAAGAAUGUCCUUGCAGCUGAAGGAUGUUGUCAGUUUUCUGACUGCAGCCAGCUUUCUUCAGAUGCAGUGUGUCAUUGACAAGUGCACGCAGAUCCUAGAGAGCAUCCAUUCCAAAAUCAGCGUUGGAGAUGUUGACUCUGUUACCGUCGGUGCUGAAGAGAAUCCCGAGAGUCGAAACGGAGUGAAAGACAGCAGCUUCUUUGCCAACCCAGUGGAGAUCUCUCCUCCAUAUUGCUCUCAGGGACGGCAGCCCACCGCAAGCAGUGACCUCCGGAUGGAGACGACCCCCAGCAAAGCUUUGCGCAGCCGCUUACAGGAGGAGGGCCACUCAGACCGCGGGAGCAGUGGGAGCGUUUCUGAAUAUGAGAUUCAGAUAGAGGGAGACCAUGAGCAAGGAGACCUAUUGGUGAGGGAGAGCCAGAUCACCGAGGUGAAAGUGAAGAUGGAGAAGUCCGACCGGCCCAGCUGUUCCGACAGCUCCUCCCUGGGUGACGAUGGGUACCACACCGAGAUGGUUGAUGGGGAACAAGUUGUGGCAGUGAAUGUGGGCUCCUAUGGUUCUGUGCUCCAGCACGCAUACUCCUAUUCCCAAGCAGCCUCACAGCCAACCAAUGUAUCAGAAGCUUUUGGAAGUUUGAGUAAUUCCAGCCCAUCCAGGUCCAUGCUGAGCUGUUUCCGAGGAGGGCGUGCCCGCCAGAAGCGGGCUUUGUCUGUCCACCUGCACAGUGACCUGCAGGGCCUGGUGCAGGGCUCUGACAGUGAAGCCAUGAUGAACAACCCCGGGUAUGAGAGCAGUCCCCGGGAGAGGAGUGCGAGAGGGCAUUGGUACCCGUACAAUGAGAGGUUGAUCUGUAUUUACUGUGGAAAGUCCUUCAACCAGAAAGGAAGCCUUGACAGGCACAUGCGACUCCAUAUGGGAAUCACCCCCUUUGUGUGCAAGUUCUGUGGAAAGAAGUACACACGGAAGGACCAACUGGAGUACCACAUCCGGGGCCAUACAGAUGAUAAACCAUUCCGCUGUGAGAUCUGCGGGAAGUGCUUUCCAUUCCAAGGUACCCUCAACCAGCACCUGCGGAAAAACCACCCAGGCGUUGCUGAAGUCAGGAGUCGCAUUGAGUCCCCCGAGAGAACAGAUGUGUACGUGGAACAGAAACUAGAAAAUGACGCAUCAGCCUCAGAGAUGGGCCUAGAUUCCCGGAUGGAAAUUCACACAGUGUCUGAUGCUCCCGAUUAAGAUGGUAAAGAAGUGCACCCAAACAAAGCACAUUAAUCAAUGCAUAUUUGUGAUUUGCUUUGUUGUAAUCUUUGGUUUUCCCAACCAUCUGGAAAUCUCUUGGUCUCUUGGCAGUUUUUCUAAAGUUUCUGGAUGGAACACUUCGUUGUGUUUAUCCUUUCCCCUGCCCUCCCUCCCCGAAGGAGCUCAAAGCAUGAAGGGCAACGCAUCCAGGGAAAACACAGGCUGACAGUAUUCCUCUUUGGCUGAACUCUUAAUCCAAAAUCUGCCAGUGAUUUAGCUAUGCCAACUGGUUGACCCUCCAUUCUCUGCCAAGAGGCAUACUCUCUCUCAUUGUGUGCGCUGGCAGCAGUGCACUUCCACGGAGGGAGAUUAGGAUGCCGUCAGCUGAUACAAAUGGGUAACCUUUUCUAAUUUAAAAUUCCUUUUAGGGGGUAGCUAGACAAUUUAUAUAUAUAUAUAAUAAAACUAUUAUUAUAUAUAUAGUAUAUAUACAUUCUCAAAUUUGAUUUUAUUCUGGUUGAGGUGAAUGUAAGAGGAAUAUAUAAUUUAAUACAAUGUGAACAGGGCUUCUGAGUCUGUCUCAUCCCUACCUAAUAUGUUAGGGUUUUGCCCCUUCAUUUCCCUUACAAAAGAAUGUUAGUAGGUUUAUAUUAAUCAUUGUGUCCAAAAGCAAGCAAAGCAAAUCACAGUGUUCACAGCUCUGCUUCAUAACAAAUACAUAAACCAAAUGCCAUAAAAUUUCUUCAACUCUAGUUGGAAACCGUUCGGAAUUUUUGUUAGUUGUCCAGCAGGUGAGCUGGAUGACCUGUGGUGCUGACCUUUUUACAUAGUGUAGUGUUAUAUUAGCCAACCCCAAAGGAGCAGUGGUUUUCAAGGUUUUUACUGGCCUACAAAUCUACCUUCAUUCCGUACUGUAGAAACAUACAUACCAGGUAACUAAAUCGAAUCACUCUCUAUCAUGAGUUAGUACUCACUCGCACUUAAGGAAAGGGAUUUGUAGUUCUGUCUACAAAAUUCUCCAAGCAGUGUUGUGGUUUUUUUUGUUUUUUUUUUUUUUUUUCUUUCUCUUCAAACAGCCAGUUCAGGUGCACAGCAACUUUUUCUACAUGCAGUUCCCAGGGAAACUGCAGAACUUAGAAUUUGUACUUUUUGUAAAGCUAUACUCUAUGGGAAUUGCAAGCAAUAUAUCUUAGUAUUGUGUGUGCUAAUGAGAGCCUCAGUGGCUCCCCCAUUCUCUCAGUGUUUCCUGCUUAAAGAACCAACAGUUUAAAAGCCCUCUAAGAUACUCUGUGUGUCACCAAAUCUGUGUGUCACCAUUUUUUGGUCAUGUGGUGCUAUUUUUGUUAAGUGUCUUUUUAGGUCAGUAUAGUUUUAGAAAAUGUGAAAUCUGAUGGUAAUAAUGAAUUAUAAUUGUUUUCCUCUCUCGAGUUCAUAGCUUGAAAAGAGACCUCAAAAGCACGUGCUGGCAAACACGUUACUGUAUGAAAAGAUGCCUGAGUCCUGUUUGAAUAACGUUUUAUUAGUACUUUCAGAAAUGUCUUCAGUUCUGUAUUGUGUUCACAUACACAAACAGGCUUUACAAGAUUGCUUCGGUACUGUAAACUCUGGCAGAGAGUAAUUUUGUAGGCGUUUUGGUGGUGAGUUUGUGCUGCAAGCUGCCUGUGGGAUGUCAGCGUUCUGGUACCUGCCUGAGAACCUGGGCUCUGAGACGCACAACCAGUGCACCUCCAUAGGAGAACAGUGCAGCCACCUAAAAGAAAAACGAACGAAGGACCAGCUUCAGAGUCUAGAAGUUAAAGGAAUACAGAAUUAGAUGUUUGCUGGUUUUCUGUGCUUUUUUGGCUCCUAAAAUACCAAUGGUGGAUUUGUUUUUGUUUUUGUUUUUUGUUUUGAGAAAAAAAAAAAGUCAUUCAAGCCCUUUGUGUGUAAUAGCCCCCAGGGGUGGCAGCUGUGCAGUCGCAUCUCUUUAGCACACAGGAUCUGUUCACGUGUGAACUGCUGCGCUACACAUCAGUGUUAACUCCCUACAGAUUACACUCUAAUCCCGCUGCUCCCGAGGAGCGGCUUUGCUAAAUCGGGUAUAUAGUAUAUGCCUUUUUCCUCGUCAAACUGCCUAAGUAGAGGGUCGUUCUCUCCCUGAAGCACUUGUUCAACUCCUGUUAAAGGCGGGUGCCUCAAGGGGAGGCUGGACCCCAAGUGUUUACCCAUUUAAAUAUGUUCUGGGGUUUCAGGUAAAUGUUUGUGGUUUUUUUUUUUCCUUACAUGAGUAAGUUUGGUUUUGAUUUUUUUUAAUUGAAUGCAAAAAAUUUGUGUUGUGAUACAAGCUAAGUUUGUGACAAGAAAUGCCCAAAUCCAAGGACAUAAGGGGUCAAGCUCAGGGAAGGAACCUCCUUUUCACUCAGGCUUGGGGCCUUCAGCGAGGUCUCCAGAGCAUUCCGUGGUAUGAGAGACAGUGAGGAGGGAGGGCACCUGGCGCGGGCACCUCCAGCGUCCUGGCUCUUGGCAUUGUCCGUCUUAACCUUAUUUACAUGGAGUUCUUUGUAUUUGUGAAUCUGUUUAACUGGUUUGAGUUUACCAAAGAGUGACUUAUCCAAAAUUGUCUUUGACAAAAAUAUCCAUUGCUUUGAUUGUACAGUUCAGGUUCAAACAUUGUAAUGGGACUGUUAAGGGGCAGAAAAUUGAUUGAGUUUCUCUCUAAGAAUCAUGAUUCCACAUUUUGCAAGUUCCACUUGCUCCCAUUCAUGUUGCUAACACUUUACCCUUUCCACUGCUCGCAGUGUUAAGAAUGAAUUCUCAAGCCAUAACACAGUACUGUAAAGUUCCGCAGGGCUUCGAGGGAGGCAGCGCCUAGGCCAGCACGGAGCUGUGUAGCCUCUCUGAGCGCUCGCACUGUCAUGCUUCCCAGGGGUGUGACCGGUGAGAGAUUAACUCCAUUCAGAUCGGGCAGCAGCAAUUAAUUGUGCCUUGCCGCAUGAGGAUGUGUCAGGAGGAUUAACAUGACCACAGAACCGAAAUAUUCUCUCCCUGAAGUUCACUUCACGUCUCCGCAGACGAAGUACGCUGUGUAACUCCUUAGAGCAACUCUUUUUGGAAAGUAAAGUCCCUAUUUCUGUACAGUUUUAGGUUAGGUGUUUCAUUUAUAACAGAUGCAGAAAUCAAUUAAGAUAAAGUGAUAUGUGAAGAAAUCUUUUACAGUAAAAUAUAUCCUGAAUUCAUAUAGGCUUGUUCAUAAUUGAGUCUCUUCUUGAGCUACCUUUUCAAUAUUAGACAAUGUGAAGACAGUGACAGCGUCCUUUUUCUAGAGAUAUUUAGCCUGUUAUUACAAACUGUGAAGACAAAGAGUUUUAUACUUUUACUAAUGUUUGUGGUUUUAAGCAGUUAUUUUCAUUCUAAUCAGUUCUCUACCCUCUAAUUUCUACUAAAGCUGUAAAUACAUUUAGAAAUUAUAUUUGUAAAUACAGUAUAUGGAGACAAGUUAAUUUUUUGGUCAGUGGAAAAAGCCUCCCAACCAAUUGGCCCUGCCUUGGCAGUUGUGUUUUUUUUUGUUGUUUUUUCUUUUUUUUUUUUUUUUUUUAGUUUAGUUUUUUUUUUUUUUUAAACAGCAGAAAGGAUACUGUCGGUUCACUGUUGAGCAGAAUAUACUGUAGAACGAAAAUGAUAAUUUGUAAAUCUUCCAGAGCAUGAGUAAAUGUCUUUUCUAAUGAUAGCAAAUAUAACCAACUCUUUGUUUUUCCCUUAGCCCAGACCAUAUAGGCCUGCAUAUUUUGUGUGUGGUUUUGUUUUUAUUUUCGUUCUUACAGCCUGGACUCUAGGAAAAAUUUGCAGGAACACAAAACAAGGGCUGGGGGGAAAAUCAUCUAUGUGAAUGAGCUUUACUUUAAAGAGAUCAAUGUCUUUUAUUUUAUCGACCUUUUCUCUUAGUUACUGUGAUUUUUGUUGUUGUUGUCCUCGUUAUUGUUAAAUUCUGUAAUGGUUUCCUGUGAAGCCUCCACUGAAAGGGACUCAAAUAUGCAACACCUAAACUAUUUUCCAAGGGCACAUGCCCCUUGAAUGGUGCUUCUAGACUGGUCAGGGUUAUUUAUUAAAUUUUAUAUAUGAAAGUAUUGGGGAAUUAUGUAAAUUCUUUAUAUGAAACUAUCUAGUUCAUAAAUCAUAGAUUUCAUAUUACUCAGUGCAACUGAACUAAAAGUUCAGAAAAGUCAUUCACAUUGUUCCAAAUUUGUAAUGGUUGUCACAUGUCACAUGCGUCUUUUUCAGUAAGUGCCAGAGUGUUCCCACUGUUUCUGCCCAGUGCUUGACUUCUCGGCCCAGAAGAGAACCUGCUUUCUCUGGUUUCCUCCCUGGGUCUGGCACAGACAGGGCUGUUGUAGUUCUUGAUCAAGUCCUGGAGUCAGCCUUGCCUGGCUCUCCUUGUAGCAGAUUCAGUCCACAGACCUCUUGCUGCCCCUCAGUGACAAGUAUGCUGUGAAUUCAACCUUUGGACUUGCUGCCCAAGCCUUUGGUUGCUGCCCUGACUAUUGUAAGAGGUAAACUUACCUGGUUUGUUUGAGAAUGACCAUUUUCCUAAUGUGAAAACCAUCUCUCUCACCACUUUUAUUAGUAGGGCUAACAUUUUUUUCCGUUAUAAAUGGUUGAGCAAUUUGAAUGACUUAACACAGUGUCAUUAUCUUGCAAUAUAAACUGGUAACCUCACAACUCCACACUUCAUCACCAUAUGAAGUAAAUGAAGCUAGCUAAGCGGAUGCUGUAUCAACUAGUAACUUGCCAUUAAGGAUUAUUUUAUAGCAUGAAUUUAAGACUAUUUAUUCAAAUGAUAUUUUACUCUUGUAUUCACUUUGUUUUAGAUUUGUGACAUGAAUAUUUCAGUGCUGCUUAAUUUUGUUCUGAAUUCUUGUUUCUUGCUUGUAAAUGGCUUUUUUAUGGUAUAAAUAAAGUCAAUGGACAUUGCUGUUUGUAAAUAAAAAUGCUGCUAGAGCAAAUGUGCUGUGGUCUCCCUCUGCGUGGGCCCCCCGAGCUUCGGUGAGUGUCACUGGCUCUGACAAACAUCUGCAGCGUCAUAGUUUCUGUAAUCACUGUUUUUGAAAGGUUAGGGUUUCCUAAGAAGCUCUUGUGCCACUAUCGUGCUGAAAAGAAGAGAAAGAAGCGAGUGUAUUUCUGACCUCUUGUGUGGCGACUGCAUUGUCGGCCUCGGUCUGCACCCAGGCGCCCCCAGAACGAAUCGCUUGUGAAUCCCUGCCCCUCGCGCCUGCAGAGAAUAUCUCUUGCUCAGUUGUCCACAAAGUGUGGGGUUGUACAGGCUCUUCUGUCUCCAUUCAGCCAGUUAACUCCCCCUCCUCUUCCAGGUUCCAGCCCAGGGGCCCCUCUUCCCGCCAGCAGCCCUCCAGGUCAGGCCCCUCUAACAUAGUAUUUGUUGAACUGUUCCUGCUCUUUGGGGCACCUAUUUCAGUUUGUAAUUGGAUAUUAAUUAGCGAGAUGAUUCAGUUAGUAUUUCUCCCUCUAACCUGGAGGCUCCCUGACAGCAGGGAUUAUAAACUCUUUUCUCUCCCUCCAGUAUCCUU